AACAAAGGAAGCAAAGCCCAAUCAACAUAAUCCACAAAGCAAUCUUACAAAACUUUCCCCACCACCACCUUAUCCAACAAUCUUCCACGACAGGACACGCAGCAUAUGCUCUUCCAUGGAUCCCAUUUCUUUCUCCUCCACCCAGAUGCAAACAACCACCUAAACAUAAUCAAAAGAAUCAACUAAUUUCACCCCAAAAAACAUAAAACAAAAAAACAACACUUUUCUACACAGCUGAAAACUUUGAAAAACAAACUACGAUCAUUAUAUGUGAAGAAGAAGAAGAAAGACCAUUCAUGGCUUCUGCAACGACAAGAGCUACCUUUUCUUUCCACAUCUCAACCUCAUUCUCUCAACCUUCACCUCCAAAAUUCAAAACCCAUCUCACUCUUCUCCCCAAAAUCCCACCUUUCUCGCUUUCACUUCCCCACAAGCCCCUUAAACCCUUCAAAUUCAUUCCAAACUCCAUUGAUGUCUCAAAAGAAGACAAACCCACUUCAGACCAACCCACUUCAGCUCCUCUACCCCCACCGACUCCGGCGCUUGAACCUGAACCUGAAACAGAACCUGAACUGUCACUGGAGGAGCAAGAGAGCUUCGACAAACGCCGGCUUGAAGAGAAGUUCGCAGUGUUGAAUACUGGAAUCUUCGAAUGCAGGUCUUGUGGCUACACAUAUGAUGAAUCAGUAGGGGACCCAUCUUAUCCUAUACCGCCAGGACUGCCAUUUGACAAGUUGCCUGAUGAUUGGAGGUGCUCAACUUGUGGAGCUUCUAAGAGCUUUUUUGUGAGUAAGAGUGUGGAAAUAGCUGGUUUUGCUCAGAACCAGCAGUUUGGCCUUGGUGGGAAUACACUCACUUCUGGGCAGAAAGCUAUUCUUAUAUAUGGAACUUUGUUGUUCUUCUUUGUACUUUUCUUGUCUGGUUACUUCCUUCAAUAGUGGAUGAUGAGGUACUAAGGACAAAGGAGAGACUGAAAUGAAACCUCAGACUCUGUGGGAGCUGACCGUUUGAGCUACUUAGAUUAGGUAUCUUUUAGUUUUUACUAUAUGUUCAAAUAGAAUGUGCAUACUUGUAUGAUUCUCUAAGGAAGUAUACAACUUGUAUAAGUUCUCAACAUUGUAUCGUCUUCCACUCUGUCCAAUAAAACAGAAACAGUAUCAUCUCCA